GAUAGAAGGAGAGAAAUGGCUGCUGCAGUGGAGAGAGGUUUCCUUGUGCAGCCAUGUCCUUUAUCCUUUGUUUCUAAUAAGAACACAUCAAGACCCUCAGUUGCUAUCGGGCAUGGUAAACCAGCAAGGGCUCGAGGUUUUGCCCGCCACGUGGCUCAAGCCCAAGUGCGCCCUACAUGGCUCCCAGGGCUUGACCCACCAGCCUACCUCGACGGAAGCUUGGCUGGGGAUUUUGGGUUUGACCCGCUUGGACUCGGGGAGGACCCGGAAAGCUUGAGGUGGUAUGUGCAGGCAGAGCUGGUUCAUGCUCGCUUUGCAAUGCUUGGAGUUGCAGGAAUUCUACUUACAGAUUUACUGAGGGUAACAGGGCUUCUUAGUGUACCAGUUUGGUACAAUGCAGGUGCAGUUAAAUUUGGCUUUGCUAAUACAGAAACUCUGCUCAUUGUCCAAUUUAUCUUGAUGGGAUUUGUUGAAACUAAAAGAUACAUGGAUUUCAAAACUCCUGGAUCUCAAGCCAAAGAUGGAUCAUUCUUUGGAUUGGAAUCUGCACUUGAAGGUUUAGAACCUGGAUAUCCCGGAGGUCCGUUGCUGAACCCUCUAGGUCUGGCAAAAGAUAUCAAGAAGGCUCAUGAGUGGAAGCUUAAAGAGAUUAAGAACGGACGGCUUGCAAUGGUGGCGAUGCUGGGUUUCUUUGUGCAAGCAUCUGUGACUCAUGUGGGACCCAUUGAUAAUCUUCUGGAGCACCUCUCCAACCCAUGGCACAGAACCAUAGUUCAGACCCUUGCAAACUCUUCUUAAAUGUAAAUCCAAGUCCAUGGUCUUUGUAUGUGCCAAUGUAACAAUGUUCAAUGGUUGCAGGACCAUCAUCUAUCUUUGGACUUAUGUUGGUUGUUUAUGUCAUUAAAUAAUCACACGAUGAGGAUUAAAGAGAUAGAUUCGUAAAUAUAUGCAACUAGUUACACUUA